AUGGAGAUCCAAAAUGAAGAGGAUCAUGACCAUGUCGACUAUUCACAGGCCCAGCGGCAUGAGCUCACCAGACAAAACGUCUCUCAGGAGGUGUUACAAACUGCAAAGUUCUAUUCGAGGGAUAAAGUCCGUACAGGGUUCAUAACAGAUGAGGAGUACCAAGACGUCAAGGGUAAAGACAUCGUGUUUGACGUGUUGCCCUCAUUUGAGAUGUAUCAGAGUGUUCAGAACAGAUCGCAGGACCCACCAAUGGGACCAAGUCCUGACUAUUUCGGUUACCCAAGUGAACCACCCCGUAUUGAUACCACCGCUAACGAUACCGUUGGUGAUGCCGCCAGGUUGGUGCAAUCACCAUCUGAAUCUGUUAGCGCUGCGUCUUCAGCGUCUAGAAAUUCGAUGUCUUCUUACUCGACUCAGUCCUCCAGCCUGGAACAUUAUGGUCCUCUGUCACUUGAGAAUAACGUUUUGGACAACGCUCACAAGUUACCAACGAUGCAGGUUCAUCCAGGUGUUACUGUGGACAUCUACGUUACCAAAAAUGUUCCGGUGCCUCAUGAGAAGUCCGAGAAUGAAAGCAUGCUCAAAGAAUACACCUCUGGUGAUGGUGUUUAUGGCUAUGUCGUGAUUUCCAACAUGUCAAACGAUCCCGUAUCAUUUCGUAUGUUCACAGUAACGCUGGAAGGUAUCACGUCCAUAGUCGAUGCCGAGUCAAAGAAAAUCUAUAACAAGAGGUUCUUGAACAUGGUUGAUAUGAAUGCGUCCUGGACAUUCGCUUGCAUCUCACCAUCCACCAAUGUUCAGUAUACACCAGGUGUUAAAGAUGCAGCUGAUGGCUGUAUAUUGGGAUUCAACAAGGACAGAAUCUUGGAACCUCACACAAAGUACAAGAAGUUCUUUUAUUUCAAAGUCCCGUAUACUCUUUUGGAUAACACAUGUCGUCAUCAGCAAGAGUUGCACACACUCUUGCCACCUAGCUUGGGCAUUGACAGAUACAAUAAAAAGAACAAGCAUGCAAAUAUAACCUUAAACCCAGCUUUGCACUAUGGCCACAAUGGAACAAGAGGUUCCCCAGUCUUGACAAAAGAUCUUUCCAAUGGUAACCUCAGUGUGAGUUAUAGAAUAAACGCAACUCUAAUAGGCUGUCAUCCAACAUUAAAGGACAUAUAUGGCCAACCGGAGUAUGCAGUGAUGAGAUCGGCAGAGUAUGCCUUAAGAUUCAUUCCCUUUGGUUUCUCUGUCAGUUUAUUCUCUUCCAAAAGAGCGCUGGAAACUUUGAAGCUUGUUAUUGAAUCAUCUUUUAAGAAUGCCAAAAGAUGUUUAAAGUUGAACGAAGAUGGCUCAGAAGAAGAGGUGAGAUUGUUGGAUCAAGAGGUCAAGAUGCAACAGCUAAACAUUGGAGAGAUUAUGAGAAAUGAUUCCUCUAACACCAAAACCAGUUCUUUCCCAUUGAGAAAUCAGAACUUUGCUACGCCUGACUUUUCCAAAGUUGAAACAUCGAUGGUUCUUGUUGCCAAUCCAAAGAAGUCUAUAUUUGGUAAAGCACCAAAGGAUGAUUUGAAUGAGAGUGGCAUUGUGGAAAUCACUACUAGGGUUCCAAAGGAUGGUUUAUCCUAUGUCUCACCUCCUUUAAUUCGUAAAGUGAACAAAGUUUCCACUUUGAACGACAUUGGUAUGCAAAACAUUGAUUCUUUGACCAAUACACUUUCCAUGAAUGAAAAGAAAGUGUUGACCAACUUGGAAUUCGAAUUGAAAUUCAAACCAAGUGAUUUUACCUUGAAGUCCGGCUUUGUUCCUGAGAUUUCACAAAUCACUUCAAGCUUACUCGUUGUGAACAUAUAUUCUAAGAGCGCUAUACCUAUCAAACUUUCGAGUGAUAUCAUCGUGUUGCACCACGGCGACGAAGUCACGGCAUUGGACAAGAUGAAGAAGGAUUUCCAAUGCUAUAACCAACAGUUCGAACAAUUGAAGACGGAAUUCGAGUCAAAGGGACUUGACAUCAACAAGUAUGUUGACCAUUCUACGCAGGCCGAUAUUCGAGCCAUGAAAGAUUUAAGAUCUGAUAUGUUUACAGUGAACGCCUUGAAGAACAAGUUAGAUCCUUCGAGCUCUACAAAGUGGGUGAAGAACUCAGACGGGACAAUGGGCAGAAAAGUGAAGUUGAUGUUGGAGUAUCACGACUUGAUUACAGAGACGCUAAUUCCAAAUUUCCAGACAUGUCUCCUAUCAAGAAUCUAUUGUAUUCAAGUGACGUUCAAGUUCAAAAACUGUUCUCAAGUCGGACAAGUGAGGGUCCCAAUUCGUCUCAGAUGGUUCGACAACGAAUGA